AGAUAUUCGGCAUUUCGCCGUUCCGAGGUGGCCGAGGAACAACGUGUCUGCCUGCCUACCUGCUCUUGUCUGCUCUGCGGCGGAGCUGCACCGUGCUGCACUUCCAUCCUACUUGCACCUUCGACUACCUUCGACUACCUUCGAUCCUUCUGCUCCUCCUCCUCCUCCUCCUCAUUCUUUUUUCUCCAACGCACGUUCGCCGCGUGUCCUGGGGUGCAGAAAGUGUACGAGCGAAUUGUAAAGUGCCGCCGCGAGAAAGAAAGACAGAAAGAGAAAGAAAGAGAAAUCGGACGAUCCCACCUGCGAUUAUUCCUGUGUCCUGCGAUCCUGUCUGAGUCGUCUCUUCCUGAGACCGAAUUUCUCUUCCUCCGCGAUGGACAUCGACGUCGAGACCUGUCUCAAGGAUUGGAAUGAUCUAACGCAGGAUUACAAGGAACUCGAGGCACUAAAUAGAGAAUAUCUUAUAAAAUUAGAAGAGAUUGGUGAACUUCAAGGAAAAUGUGUCAAAGGUAUUUCUCAUCAAAAAUAUCGGAUGGGUAUAAUAUCCACAUCAUUGAAACAACUGAACACAAAAGAGGCUCGAGAAGAAUUGGAAAAAUCUAUGACAAGGAGAGAACAGCAGCUUAGGGAGAUUGAACAAACGUUACCUAAGUCAAAUGGCAUUUACUUACAAAUUAUUCUAGGCAGUGUCAAUGUCUCCAUAUUAAACAAAAGCGAUAAAUUCAAAUACAAAGAUGAAUAUGAAAAAUUCAAAUUAGUGCUGUCAGUAAUCGGAUUUGUUCUGUCCGUAUUAAAUUUAUUUACCAAUAUAAGAACUUUAGAACUUAGUUUUAUGUUUCUUCUUGUUUGGUACUACUGCACGUUAACGAUAAGAGAAAGUAUACUCAAGGUGAAUGGUUCAAGAAUUAAAGGAUGGUGGAGAUUUCAUCACUUCCUCUCAACAGUGGUAUCCGCUGUACUAUUAGUCUGGCCAAACACAGGACCAUGGUAUCAGUUUCGUAACCAAUUCAUGUGGUUCAACGUGUAUAUCAGUGUAGUCCAGUAUUUGCAAUUUCGAUAUCAACGUGGAGUUUUGUACCGAUUAAAAGCAUUGGGCGAGAGAGAUAAUAUGGACAUCACUAUUGAGGGAUUUCAUUCGUGGAUGUGGCGCGGUCUUUCAUUUUUACUACCAUUCCUCUUCGCUGGUUAUUUGUUUCAGCUUUAUAAUGCGUAUACACUAUACGAAUUGUCAUAUCAUCCGGAAGCGACAUGGCAUGUGUCAGUACUCAGUGCCAUGUUUCUCGUAUUAUUUCUGGGUAAUAUCACCACCACUAUCAUGGUAAUCCCACAGAAACUUGUCAAGGAACGUGUCAAGGAUCAUUUGUUUGCAUCUAAGCCCGAUCGCAGAAAGGAGGGAAACAUAUGCAAUAAGGAUAAUACAAAUGAAAAGAGUGAAUGAAGGAAGAACUCGAGUACUUCUGUCUAAUAAAAGAUUCGACUCAAUUAAUAUAAAUUGGGAAGAAUCAUAAAGAAGACAAGAUGACUGUAAAAUGGUAUUGGUGCUGGAUCUAAAAUAUAACAAACAAUAAUUUGCUUGUUACAUUGAGCAAAGAUUAAUUAAUAAUACACAUAACACAUGACGCGAGUGACUGACUACAAGUGAAGAAGUUUCUGCGUAUUUUUAUUUACUUUUACUCUUGGAUAAAGUCCAAUGUCAAGUGUUUUCGAGAAUAUUUUUGGCCUGAACUUGUCUGAUUUCAACAGACAAGAUUAUGCGACAAAUUUGACUAAUUACUUGUUUUAAGGAAAAAAA